GAAAUAUCUCUUUAUUAGCUUUAUCGGUAUAACUUUGGAUGGCAUCUUCAAGAUCAAGCCAGUCACUUUGAAUUCACCCUGGCCGGCUCCCCCUCCCCCCCGUGGAGCUCCUCGCACAAGAGCGGUGCACCCUCUAUUGGAUAGUGCGCGAGCUCCGCGAGGAGGGAGAGGGAUUAACGGCCAGGGGCCUGGCGACCUUGAAGUCUCAGGCCAGAGCCACAGUAGAAGUAUACACAGUAUUGACACUGAACUUUUUUAGUGGUAUUCAUUUUCCAGUGCACAUGCGUCGCUCUAUCCUACCAGGAACAUAGCAGCCGCCAUAGAUGACGUAUUUAGGUUAAAUGUUUGAUAUACAUAUUUUUAUUUGUAUGUGAUGUACCAAUAAAAGGUACAUCACAUACAAAUAAAAGAAAUAGGUCUUAGGUACAAAUAAAAGAAAUUGUUACAAAAUAUCAACAAAAUGAUUCGAGGUGGGCAUAGUUGUGCCAUGUAUAAAUGCCCGAAUAUUUCAAGACGAAUAUCUGGGUUAAGCUUUUUUCGUUUCCCAAAGGAUGUAGAAAGGUAAAAAUAAUAAUUUUUUAUUAAUUUUACAUAUUUGUUUUGGAAUUGCCUAAAAGUCUAACUUAUAUAUGUAUAUAUUUCAAUUUCUCAGAUGUAGAUUAUGGUUAAGGAAUUGCAGGCGUACAAUUAAAGUUCCAAUAGAGGACUUAUAUAAAACAUACCGGAUCUGUGGAAAUCAUUUUGAUUCUACAAUGUUUUUAAAUGAUUUAAAAAAUCGCCUCCAACCAUACGCAAUUCCAAAACCAAUGAAUCUACAAAUAAAGUCAGUCAAUACAUGUACAGGUCGACAAAUAGAAAAACCAACGAAUCAACAAAGAGAUCAGUCAGAGCAUGACUUUUUAUUAGAUUCUGACAAUCACAUAUCUUUUUCAUGUAAAGAGCAGGAUAUAAACGUUAUGGAUGAAGAUAAUCGAAAGGAUCAGGAAGUACAAACUGAACAACUAUCUGUUACACAAGAUGAGAAAAUACAAACUGAUUCCACAUUAUCUAUUAAUUCACCCCGAAAGAAGAUAUUGAAAAAGAAAAUUCAUUUAUUACAAAAAAAAUUACGGAAAGUUAAGAAACAAUUAAAACAACAGGAAGCAAAUUAUACAAAAAAGAUUAAGAAGCUCUCUUUACCAGAAUAUUGUGAUGCAACAGAUCAAAUAUUGCCACCAAUUAUUGCGCCGUUUGUGAAAGCACAAGUACACCUGGCUCAAAAGUCGCCAAAGGGUAGGAAAUUUUCUUUGGAAUUAAAAAAAUGUGUUUUACUUUAUACCUCAGUGGACGUAAAACCUAUGAAGUUUUAUCAAAACAGUUCUGUUUGCCUAGUACAAGAACUUUACAACGUAUGAUCGAAAAUUUAAAAAUUUUUCCCGGGUUGCAAAAUAAUGUUUUUGACAUUUUAAAAGCUAAAGUAUCUACUUUUAAAACUAAUCUUGAUAAAUAUUGUACAUUGUGGAUAAAGCUGCAUUAAAAGCACAUUUAUUUUAUAAUAUUAAUCAAGAUACGGUAUAUGGUUUUGAAGAUUGGGAUGAAAGAAAAUCGGUAUUGCCAGCAUAUAACGUUGCAGUUUUAAUGCUUAGAGGUAUGUGCACGAAUUGGAAACAACCUAUAGGAUAUUUUUUUCUAAAUUCCACAUUUCAUGCUACUAAAUUAAAAGAUAUUAUAACGCAAAGUAUAAAAAAUUUGCAAGAACUUGGAUAUAUAGUUAUUGCUUUUGUAAGUAAUAUGGGACAAAAUUUCAUUAAUGUAGUACAAGCAUUAAAUGUUACAACAGAGUCACCAUUUUUUGUUGUUAAUAAUCAACAAAUAGCUUAUUUCAUUGAUCCACCACAUACUUUGAAAGCUAGUCGUAAUAAU